AUGCUUCAAACAGACACUUACGUUAUCGAUUCUACCGCUACGCCGGGCCUCGUCCAUGCAGACAAUCUUACCGAAGAGAGUGCCCAGACGACGUCUCAACUUCUCAAGGAGAACAAUGAAAAGUAUCAUAUCUUCUUCACCAUUGAAGAUCACAUGGGGAAAUGCCUGGGCCGCGAGGAGAACUUUCGAAAUUUUGAAAAGUACUUCAUAGGACAGAUCCAGAAAAACGGGUAUGAGGCCGUACUGCAAAAGUAUCUCGUCGGUGGCGGUGAUAUUGGAAAUGACCUGCACUACCGGAUUUACAUGGGGUACGUCCACGGUUUGAUCCAUAUUGGUCUCGCUCUUGAGUUUAAGCAGCCGCUGCUUCUCGCCGAAGGACUCGCUCAGGCUGCUGUGCAUCAUGAUAUGUGGUAUAUAGACUAUCUCAGUGAGGCAGAGGCCCUGGCAAAAGAGGGAAGAGAAUCACCAUUGCCCCUUGCUACGCUGAUUGACAUGGAACGAGAGGAUCCCAAGAUCAGCACAUCCUCCAGUCUUGACUUCCACACCCAGACCCGCAAGCACUCGGGUCGAUGGGCCAUGGACAAAGAGCUGGCUCGCGAUGGAGUCCUUCCCAACGCAAAGCACGAUUUGCUGCGUCUGGCGGCACGAUGGCGCGUUGACCCCAAUGAUGUGGAGCGUGCAACGGCAGAGCUCAUCAACACGGCCUUGUAUAUCACGGCCGGCGCACAGCUCCCUCCCUAUGAAUGCGCAUUCGACUUUUAUUUACUACACUGCCUGACUGCGAGCAUUGGUCAUCUGUCAUUUCUGAAGCAAGGCUUCAUGACCAACGAGCAAAAGGCCCGUCUGCUCGAAUACAGUGGCCGAGUGUUUAUGAUGACCUACGCCGGCAUGGGCGCCCCACAGCUACACCUCGACUAUCUUUGUGCCCACAGGUCCAAACUACCAAACCAAGGGUGGGCGGAAGUCUUUGACCGAGCGUGCUAUCACGAGGAUGACGGGCACAUGGCCAAGAUGAUUCGGUCCACGAAGCUGGCUGAGGAGUUAUCGAAGCCGUAUGAUCAUCUCCCUGAAUUCCGUGUGAAGAGGGGUAUGUUUCUCACGGCUGGAAUUGCUAUGAUUGACUCUGGCAGUGAGCAGCCCAUGACCUGGACGAAGCAUUGGGAUUUUGUUCGUGGCGCAGGGUUUCCGGAUGCAUGGAAGGCAUUUCCAAAGCGUCCGGUUGAGCAUGUGUAGCGCACAUCACGGGAAAAAUUGAAGUGUUGGACAUACUGUAUUUAGCAAAUAAAUUCUUCUUUUCG